AUGCCACCCACUAGACGCAACGUAUCACCAUCGGUCUCAGUAGUGGCCGGUGCCACUGCUGGGGCUGUUGAAGGUGUUGCGACUUUUCCGAUCGAGUAUCUCAAGACUGUUUCUCAGUUCGCACCGCGAGAUAUCCACGGCAACCAGCAACGUUUGUCACCUUCGGAAAUUGUCCGGUCGACGCUACAAAAGGAAGGUCCUAGGGGACUGUUUCGCGGCUGUUCUGCGCUGGUCGUCGGCAACGCAGGCAAAGCUGGCGUUCGCUUUUUCGCUUUCGAAAAUUUCCUCAAUCUGCUCAAGAACAAGACUACUGGUAAGCCCUCUAGUGCGGGCAGCUAUCUCGCCGGGAUGGGCGCUGGCGUGUUGGAAGCCGUCUUCGCGGUGACGCCGAGCGAGACGAUCAAAACAAAACUGAUCGAUGACGGCAAGCGCGCCAAGCCUCGUUAUGAACAAGGUCUACUCCGUGGAACAGCGUCCAUCAUCCGCCAAGAAGGGUUCGGCGGAAUCUACCAAGGUGUGUUGCCUGUUGUUAUGCGCCAGGGCUCGGCGUCGGCGAUCCGACUAGGUACAUACUCUGCCCUGCGCGAUUUCUUGCCCAAGGCGCAUGGCAGUGGCUCUUCACUCGUCAACUGGCUUGGGACUUUCUCCAUCGGAGCAGCAUCUGGGGUGGUGGCCGUUUACGGCACCAUGCCGUUUGACGUCCUCAAGACUCGUAUGCAGGCCAUCGACGCCGCCCGUUACCGCUCCACCUGGCAUUGCCUCACCCAGAUUCUCCGCUCUGAAGGUGUCAGUGCCCUAUGGCGCGGCUCUGUCUCUCGCAGCAUGCGCCUCAUUGUCAGCGGAGGCGUCAUCUUCUCUGUCUACGAACAGGUCGUCUGGCUCCUGGCUGGCCCCGAGUUUUGA